AUGAAGAAGUUCUUCAGACCAAAGGAGGCGGGGACCAUCACCCCCCUGCCUCCCGCCAGCCCUGGCGUUCAAAGUUCCUCUUUCUCGACUCCACGGCCCUUCGACGAGUACCAAGCUCGAAUGGCAUCGCACGCACGAGACUCAAAUCGCCCACUCUCGUUGCAGGUCCCUCCAGUAGCCUCGCGCUCAGCACCCGACUCUCCUGAGCGUUCAAGCUAUGCUCGAACCUACUCUCCAACCUCGCAGCAGCGACGCGGUCAACAGCUCGGCGUUUCACCUCGAAAGAAUCGAUCUCCGAACCAGCUACAUGCUGUCCAGGCUGCAGACGCCGCUUAUGACUCGUAUCCAGACCCCAUCUCGGCACAGUCACAGACUUUUCGCCCAUCGUUCGAGCGUCAGAACACUUCCGACUACGACCUACGCAGCUCUCCUACACCACGACGCACAAAUUCAAUACGCGUUUCUCAGCAACAACAGCAGCGGCAACAACCACCUCACAUGGCCGCCUUUUCACCGCCCAGAUCGUUACGCCCUGCCCAGCCCGCCGCUCAUCAACAUCGCCGAGACAACUCCUGGAGCACAGGCAUCGCAUCUGGUGCAGCGUCCCUUCAAGGCCAUGGCCAAGGCAGGAACGGCGAACGCCAUUCUCUCCAAUCUGCUCCCGAAUCACUAGUAUCUCCACACUUUGCUGAACCAGCGCGCCGGCAACGAUCCGACAGUCCUUACGAUCCGCAGGACGGUACCUUCCAUCAUGACCUGGAUGACCGUACACCAACGGCGAGCGACGCACCACGCUCAGCUGCCUAUCCAGUCUAUUCGGGCGCAGACGGCGAUGACGAUGCAGGCGAGGUGCUCAUCUCUCAAGGGCGCUACGAGGAAACCACCCUUCGCGAGCUCAAUCCCAAAGACAAGGGCAAAGCAAAGAAGCUCUUCGGAUUCGCAACGGGCAGCGGUAAAGACAAGAAAGGAAAGCAGGAUCGAGACAUUGCCGCCACCGCACCAUCACCGAUACCAAGGCACAGCCGUGAUCGUGACGAUCUUCGACUCAUGUCCCCUCCCAUGAAUUCGCAGCCUCUGUCUCCCCAGGAACGCAGCAAGGAGGGCGGAUGGAUGGAUCGAUGGAACAAGCGCUCUCACCAGCAGCAAGCAGCCAGACUUCACGACAAGGAAGCCGAGGAAGCUGUCGCAUCGCACAUCGGUUGGCUCUCCGCAAACGCAAAUGACGAGCAAGAUUGGAUGCAGAUCUUGCCACUCAUCGAUGUCAUCAGUCACUCUGACGCGGCGAGCAAAGAGGCGGCGCGAGCGCUUCGCAAAGAAUUCAAAUACGGCGCAGUCGACACUCAACGCCGCGCUGUCCGCAUCUGGGCGCUGCUCGCGCUCAACUCGAGCGACCGCUUCCGUCUGCAGGUUGCGAGCAAGCGCUUCCUCGAUGCCAUCGAGGACAGUAUCGCUUCGUCAAAGACACCUCUGAGUGUAAAGGAGACCAUGCUCAGGGUCUUGGGUGUUCUGGCCUUCGAGUUUCGAGACGAUGCGGAAUUGGUCGCGGUGACAAAGUGCUGGAACAAGGUCAAGCCGAACGAUCGCAAGAAGGACGGAGAGCCACUCGAAGAUGACCUGUUCGAGUUCAGACUGCCUCAGCCGACCGGCCCGUUGCAGCAACAGCAGCAGCAGCCGGCUUUCCGACGUGUCUCGCAACGUCGUUCGCAGCCGCCCAGACGAGGCGCUGCUUACCACGAACCCGACUUCGGUGUGUCGCCCCCGCAGCAGCGACCUUUCACCGCGGACUCUGCCGAUCAGCAGCGACUCCUCCAUUCUGCCGCAUUUGCACCGCCACCACAUCCACCUGGCGUACCUGCUUCUGUGCAGCCACAGGCAGCGCCGCCAGAGCAGCAGCAGACUUGGCCGAGACCCAAUCUCCCUCCGCCUAGUCUCCAACCUCAGACACGCACCGUUGCCAACGUCGUGUCACCACCCAUGAUGAUUGAGCAGCACGAUAGCAGGAGCGCCACCGAUGUCAUCUCAACUCUCGAGGCAGCUGCUGCAUCCAUGGAUUCUCACUCUGCUUCCAUGCACAGCAACCAUUCUUCCGCCUCUCAGCGCGACGACGUGCUCACCUUCGACGAAGACGUACGACGCUUGCACGAGGAAUGUCAGAUCGCACGCAGUAACGCCGCGGUACUGGUCGACACGCUGUUGCACGAGGGAUUGCAUUCCGGUACGCUGGAGCUGGUCGAAGAGUUCCACAGUAAAGUGGUGCGCUCGCAGGAUCUGAUUGCUUCUCAGAUACCAUGGGCUUCGGCGCAAGCUGACCGGUCCAGAGCAGCGGUCGCUGUGGGAGGUGAGAGGGAGACGAGGGAAGAAGCUCUGCUGGCCGAUUUGCUGGAGGCACAUGGCAGAUCGGGCGAGGCUAUUCACAUGGUGGAAGAUGCGAGAAGGAGGAUUGAGGAAGAGGAAGCGGAGAGGCAGGCGACGGAGAGGAGUAAAGUCGAGGUCCGGCUGGAUCGAUCCGCUCUUGCGCAGGGUAGUCUUACUGGGGAAUUGUACGAUGUUGUUGGGGGGGGAAGGGCCGGGUUGUUGGGUGUCCAAGCAUCCGGGUCAAGAUCGCCAUCGCCUAGUGCCGGUGGGUUCACGUCCUCGCAGAAGCUAGACAAUUCUGCAUCGUCGGGUGUUAGCCCGGCCUACUUUGCUGCCUCCAAUGGCAACGGAGCACCUGUCCUCCCACCUCGAAUCUCUCGCCCACUCCCGGUACCACGGUCAGACCAAUCCUCCGACUCGAACACCAGCACCACAUCCUUCCCGCAUCCUCACCACGCCACCGCUCAAAGCUUGACCGCCUCCAUUCACUCUACCACUUCUUCCAUCACUUCGUCCACCCACUCACGCGACACGCCGCUCAACGCAGCAGGCGGCAGAUCUCCACUUCCCGUCACCCCGCCUAGUCUGAACAUCGAUACCAAGAAGAAAGGGUGGGAGGAGGAGGGGGACGAAAUGCAAACGCCGGUGGUGCCGAGUGAGAAGGCGUUGGGGAAGAGGAGGGCGGUGAGUGUGCGGUAUCCGACGCCGCCGCAGGGGCAGAAGGCGCCGCCGGUUCCGCCGCAGCCAGGGAUGGGGGAUGCGGUGGGUGCGAUGGGUGGGUUGAGGUUGGGGUAA